UGUGGUUGACUCUCGAGCCGGUGUGGGAAAAUAUUUCUGGAAGACCUGAGGAGCCACACAGUCCCUCAUUAAAAUUACGUUGUGUGCAAUUUCACACAUACCACGCCUCCAGGUUUUCCAGGCUGAUUUCGUAUGGCGAGACAGAAAGUUUAGCUUCAUCGGGGACUGAGUCAUUUCUCCUCAGUCAUGCAUAGGCUUAAGACAACUGACGAGACAUUACCUUUGAUAAAGGUUUCAUUUUCCUCUCACAGCAUCAACAGCAGAAGUAAGAAGUCCAGACUGUGGAGUUCCAUCCUCAAUAUGAUCCCUCACAUGGCACUGUGCAAAUUCUUUCCUCUGGUUCUAGUCGGGGUGGUGGUGUUUGCUGUGAGUGGCAUCAUUGGAGACCCUCUGUAUGAGUGCCUCCAAGACACCGACUACAGUGAGCUUCUCGACAUUGUGGAUAAAGGUCUUCCUGCCACUAAGACACCGCAUCGUGUAGCAAUCAUCGGCGGGGGCAUCGCUGGACUGACCGCUGCAAAGUUUUUAGAAGAUGCCGGACAUAAGGUCACCAUAAUAGAAGCCAGUAACCGUAUUGGAGGACGUGUGGAGACCUUCAGGAACAGAAGAGAAGGCUGGUACGCAGAAGUGGGCGCCAUGAGGAUCCCCAGCUUUCAUAAGAUUCUUCUUUCUUUUGCCUCCAAAUUACAAAUUUCCCUAAACCACUUCAUCCAAGAUGACAUCAACACCUACUAUUUGGUAAAUGGAGUGCUACAGAAAACCUAUGCCGUGGAAAACAACCCCAGUGUGCUCAACUACAGCUUGAAUGAAAGAGAGAGAGGGAAGUCAGCUGCUCAGCUCUUCAGUCAGGCACUCUGGAAGGUGAGGGAUGACCUUAAGGCAAUCGGCUGCAGUGCCAUGUUGGAUAAAUAUGAUUCUUACACAGUGAAGGAAUAUCUGGUGAAGGAGGGCAACCUGAGCCGUGGUGCCUUGAGGAUGAUCGGGGACAUCCUGAAUGAAAACAGCCUCUUCUACACAUCACUGAUAGAGAUGCUGUACAUACAGUCAGACAUAAAUGACAACACUGAGUACUUUGAAGUGACCGAUGGCUUUGAUCACCUCCCAAUGGCGUUCUACCAGGUGUUAAAUGCCACCAUCCUCCUCAACUCCAAGGUCAAGCUAAUCAGUCAAACAGGCGGCAGAAAUGUGACCAUAACAUACCAGGACUCGCGUAAUUCAGGCUCCCUGACCAGCCUAACAGUGGACUACGCACUGGUUACGGCCACAGCCAAGGCCACUGUCUUCAUUGACUUCCAGCCUCCUCUUUCCGGGGACAAGAUGGAGGCUCUGCGCUCAGUUCAUUAUGCAAGCUCAACCAAGGUAAUACUCAGCUUCAGGGAGCGGUUCUGGGAGAAAGAGGGCAUUAGAGGAGGAAAGAGCGUCACGGACCGGCCCUCGCGCUUCAUCUACUACCCCAGCCAUAGCUUCUCCGGUACAUCUGCAGGGGCCCUCCUGGCGUCUUACACCUGCUCCGAUGACUCCACCCUCUUCCAAGGGAUGAGCGAGGAGGAGCUGAUGGCUGUGGUGCUGGAGGACUUGGUGAAAAUCCACGGAGAGGACAUCAGGCCUCUGUGUACAGGGGGGCUGGUGAAGAAGUGGGGCUUGGAUCCAUACAGUCUGGGAGCUUUCGCCCUGUUCACACCCUACCAGCAGGGACACUACUCCAGAGAACUGUUCCAGAGUGAGGGACGGGUGCACUUUGCAGGAGAACACACAGCUACACCACAUGGGUGGAUUGAAACUGCCAUGAAGUCUGCACUCAGGGCAGCUAAAAACAUUAAUAGCCUUACAGUUUAGUUUUAUGUGUAGCAAAUAUUAUCCCUCAUGCUCAGUUUUAUAGGGUUUGUCUGGUAUAUUGGUUUGCCAGUAUAUUUUGUGAAUACUAGUCUAUCAGUGAUUUAACAUACAUUUUUGUGUUAUGUACAUAUUUAUUGAUGUAAGUGCAUAUCUACAGAUCAUACAAACAUAUAUUCUGAGGGUUUUACUCCAAGAGGAUAUUCCAUGAUUUUCUGCCAGAAUAAAACUUUGGAAAAUAACACUGAAUUAGAGCUCCAAGUAAACUCACAAUUAUUUUUAGCACUGAUUAAUAUGCUGAUUAUUUUUCCAAUCAAACAAUGAAUUGUUUGGUCUAUAAAAUGUCAGAGAAUAGUGAGAAAAUGCCUAUCACUAUUUCCCAGAGUUCAAGGUGGUGCAUACAAACUGUCCAAAAUCCCAAAAUAUUUAGUAACAUUUAAGAAAAGCAGCAAAUCCUCACAUUUGAGAGGCUGGAACCAGCACAUUUUUGGCAUUUUUGCUUGAAAAGUGACUCAAACGAUGAGUUAAAUAGCUGCUGUUUCAUUUUUUUGUCGGUCAACCAAUCGAUUCAUAGUCUCAUCAAUUCCGAUCUACACAGAAUACGUUUAAGACAGUGUAUAUAAUCAGUAUUACAAAAUAUUGGCAUUUGUUGUGAAAAACCUUGAUGACUGAUUUCUAAACCAGUGUUUUUGUCAAGUCAUGCCUUUUAUUUCUGUAUUUUUUAUUUCAUUUCAGCUACUUUAUAGUUCACUUUUAAUUUUAAUUUUAGGUUGAACAAGAAAGUAAAAUAUCUGAAUAAAGCACUGGCUUUAAAUUGAAAUUCCGAAUUGAAAUUGUUACAAAACAGAAAAUAUGUAAACAUCCAUGAAAAAACAAAAGUUUUCUAACAUAUUUUCAUAUGGAACAUCAAUUAGACACAUUAGGCAACAGACACCCAUUUUGUAGACAUUUACUUCCAGGGACCCAUAUGGAAAGCCAGUUGUCUGUGUACGUUUAGUACUGAACGUGCAGCUGGAGACUCCACUGCAGUCUGACUACGCAAACUUCUUUAACUGGAUUUUCCAUAAAGGCUUUAUUAUGCUUCAUAUGAACUAGUUCAUACAGUGUUGUGCAAAACCCAUUUGGCGUGCACAAGUGUUGUUCUGAAUGGCCACACUCAAAGACGGCUGAAAAAUCUGCUGUGAUGGAAAGUAACUAAGUACAUUUACUCAAGUGCUGUACUGAUGUACAGUUUUGUGGUACUUGUGCAUCACUUGAGUAUUUCCAUUUUAUGCUACUUUCUGCUUCCACUCCGCUGCACUGUUAAAGGACAAGGGCCCCUUGUCAUGUUUCAGAUGUCUGUGAGUUGUUAGCAGUUCCACCAACCUAGAGUUUGUUAACCCUUUAUAAUAAGGGUACAAAACAUAUACUUAAGUUAUGCUUAGCUAUUUAUUACAUGAAUUAAUACAGGAUGUAUUAUGAAUUCCUGUUGCUCACAAUUAACAAGUCACUACGACUUAAUGUGAUUAGUUAGUAAGUGUUACCGACAUUUCCCCGGGUUCCCAAAUCCGACGGUUUCGUUUAAAUACUUGUUUGAGGUCAAAUUAUCUAAUAUUUCAGAAAAAAUAGAAAGAAAGAAAUCAAAGAUUAGAGAAAAAUAAAAAAUCAAUGCAAAUUUGGGUAGAAGAACGUUUUUUCCUCUUUCCUCUCCCACUAAUCAUCCCACGACCCCACGAGUGUGUAUGUAAAAUACAUACAUAUCAUACUGCAUCAGUAAUAUCAAUCUAAUAAUAUAAAAUACAGUAAUUAAUCUGUCACGGGGGACAUUUUUCUGCAGAAUGAGUACUUUUACUUUUGAUACUUUAAGUACAAUUUGCUGAUAAUGCUUCUGUACAUUUCCUCAAGUAAGAUUUGUAAUGCAGGACUUUUUCUUGUUGUAAUGGAGUAUUUUUACAUUGUGGUAUUGGUACUUAAGGAAAAAAUCUGAGCACUUCCAUCCCUCGAAAUGCAAUACAUAUCAUGUGCCUAAUAUUACAAGCUGACAACUGGCUAUAAAGACUCUUUACUUUCUUCAAGUAUGACAUACAUGUCAGCGCCUACUUUUUGUUUCAAUGUCUGAAAUAAAUAAGUUGUAUCAA